GUGGCGGGCCGCCCCCGGCUGCCUUGGUCUGGGUCGCUGAGCUCGGGUCCAGGACUCUAGUCAUCAAUACCUCUUUCUGGUUUUAUUCAUGUUUUGAGAUGGUUGUGAAGAGAAACCAUGGAUCCUGCAAGACUGGUGGAAGCCGUUGUGGAAGAACUGGCCUGUCCCGUCUGCAUGACACUCUUGAGGGAACCUGUGAGCAUCACAUGUGGCCAUACCUUCUGCCGUAGCUGUCUUUCUGGACUCUGGGAGGUCCCAAGAGGACCCCAGAAGUUGGAUUCCACCUGUCCCCUUUGCCGAGCUCCUGUACAGCCAAGGAGCUUGCGGCCUAAUUGGCAGCUGGCCAGUGUUGUAGAAAAAGUCCGUCUGCUGGGUCUGUGUUCAGAGACAGGGAUGGAAGGUGAUGUGUGUAAGUUCCACAGUGAACAGCUGAAGAUGUUCUGCAAAGAGGAUGGCGUGAUGGCCUGUGAGGCCUGUAGCCAGUCCCCAGAGCAUAAGAACCACAGUGUUGUGCCCAUGGAGGAUGCUGCCUGGGACUAUAAGUGGAAACUCCAUGAGGCUCUGGAACGUCUGAGGAAAGAGCAAGAAGAGGCCUGGAAGCUGGAAGUCAGUGAGAGGAAACGAGCCGACAACUGGAAGGUGCAGGUGGAGACGAGAAAGCGGACUAUCGUACAGGAGUUUGAGAAAUACAGGCAGUUACUAAAGAGACAGCAGCUUGCGGGGAGGCAGGUGGAGGUGGAGGCAGCUGCCGCACUGGCCAGCCUAGAGGAAGAAGAGAGGGAGACGACUCGGAAGCUGGAGCUGAGUCGUGACGAGCUCACCCGGCAGAGCCAGGCCCUGUGGAGGAUGAUCGCAGAGCUAGAAGAGAGGUCCCAGCGGCCCGUCCGCUGGAUGCUGCCGGGUGUUCAGGAAGCCUUAAACAGGAACGAAUCUUGGAGCCUGCAACGGCCAGAGCCAGUCUCUCUGGAGCUGAAGACAAAUUGUCUCGUGCUGGGACUGAGAGAGAUCCUGAAGACAUACGCACUGGAUGUGUGCCUGGAUCCAGACACAGCUUAUUCCCGCCUCAUCGUGUCCGAGGACAGAAAGAGUGUACGCUACGGAGACACCCAGCAGGACCUGCCCGACAACCCGGAGAGAUUUUACCGCUAUAACAUUGUCUUGGGAAAACAGUGCAUCUCUUCAGGCCUGCACUACUGGGAGGUAGAGGUGGGAGACAGGUCUGAAUGGGGCCUGGGAGUGUGUAAGGAAGAUGUAGACCGGAAGGAGGUGGUCUAUUUAUCCCCCCACUAUGGAUUCUGGGUAAUAAGGCUGAGGAAGGGGACUGAGUACCGGGCAGGCACUGAUGAAUACCCUCUCCUGUCCUUGCAAGUCCCUCCACAUCGGGUAGGAAUCUUCCUAGAUUACGAGGCCCAUCAUAUCUCCUUCUACAAUGUGACUGACAGUGGCUCCCACAUUUUCACUUUCCCCCACUGUCCCUUCCCUGGGCGCCUCCUUCCCUAUUUCAGUCCCUGCUACAGCAUUGGCAUCAACAACACUGCUCCCCUGACCAUUUGCUCCCUGGAUGGGGAGGACUAGGACAGCCAACAUCCUAAUCAGAGCCCUUGGAAUCUGGCACACAGGGCUGUUGGAAGAUGCUACCAAUGACAAGCAUCCCCUUUAUUCAAGCCCUGAACCCAGAGAUUCCUCUGCUUGUCACUGUAGUCUGUUGCUACCAUGCAUUGAAAAGCAAAACCCAGUCAGAAAAGCAUUUGCAAUGCUGCAUUUCCCAUGAUAGUGAAAGGGCUGUGUCCAUCCUGCUGCCCACGUGCCUCCUCCCUGGUUCCUAACUAGUGCGUAAUUAAGUCAGUGAUGAGGAUGCAUUGGAUGCAGACUUCAGAACAGCUUUUAAGUGGAGUUUUCCAGUUGGGGGAGGGAAGAGAAUGCUAUUUAUGUAUGUAUGUUGCCCAUAGACUCAGGUGUUUUAUUAAGCUUGUAACUUGGGUCUCCAGCUGCCUGGCUGGAGGAGGUGUCACUGGGGGUGGAUCCUGGAUUCCAGCCCGAUCGUGUCCCUGGGGGUGGAUCUGAAUUGCAGCCCAAAGGUGUGUGCAGAGCAGUUUGAGCUCUGGGUUCAUGCUUGCUACAUUUUGGUGAUUGCUGUCUUUUUGGUGGUUUCUCUCUAUGUGGGUCUGUGAAAGGGGGCCAGCUUCUUCUGCCAUGGAUGGGGCUUCUGAAUUUGUAAGCUGAAAUAAACCCGUUCCUCCCAUGAA